AUGGGUUCAAACAUAUUGCGAAACUGGUUCGUGCCCAAGGAUGGCAUCAACCGCCAGGUCAUCUCUGCAGACAUACAGAAGUAUCUAGGCAACGACGCAACCGUCCGUCCUGGCAAAGACAAAGAGGGCUACUGGAUCAAAGCAUACAGAAACCUCACCUCGAUGAUCAACGAUCUCCGAAUGGCCUCGACCAAGUGGGAGCAAGAACAGCGCUCCGGCCGUCGAGGAAUGAACUAUGAAGAGUCGCACACAUACAGACAAGCUACAAACACCGGACCCAACGGUAAUGGUCCUUAUCGCGCCAGCACCAACUCGCCCCAGCUUUCUGCCAACGGAUAUGGUCCCCCAGGAGAUUUCUACAAUGGUCAUCCCGGAUAUGCCCAUGAUGCUGCUCCUCCACUCCAUGUUAGAGGCCCUCCUCAGUAUCCCCCUCAGUAUCCCACAGGGCAUAGAGAUCCCAGGGAUGAUCCCAGAUUCGCUCCGGAAUACCAGGAUCAGAUGAGAUACACUAACUAUCCUCCGGUAUCUGUCGCAUCAAAUGGAGCCCCAAGUCCACAGACCACAAGGUCGGAUCAUUAUAUGACCACGACCACCACACGCGGACUGACCCCACCUACUUAUCCUGCUUCGACGCCCAUGCCUGAUCAAUCGUAUGCUCGUCCGUCCCCUGUGGACUCCUCUUACGGUCGCGAACGUCCAUCUGCUCCUCCUGGCUCGGAACGUGGCGCUCCUCGUCGUAGGAUCAAUUAG